AUGAUGGAGUUCAAAUCAAAAGAAAGCGAAGCCUUCGCACCCAUGCCUCUCGUUGAAGCAGACACGGCGCUGCCAAUUUCACCAGCCUACGAUAUACCUGACGGAGGCUAUGGAUGGGUCGUUGUUUGCGGAAUCGCUAUUAUAAAUGCGUUCGCCUGGGGCGUUGGUUCGUCGUUCAGUGUCUAUCUUGAGUUCUACCUUGACAACGACUAUUUUCCGGGAACCAGCUCACUUGAUUACUCAUUUGUCGGUGGAACAAACUUUCUAGCAGCUCUCUGGGUAGCUCCAUUCGUGAACAUACUAGCCAGAAAUGCCGGCACAAAAGCUUGCAUGCUGUUGGGCUCCGGCCUCAUCUCAGGAGGCUUAAUAGCUGCAUCGUUUGCUCGCGAAUUCUGGCAACUCAUGAUCACCCAAGGCAUCAUGGUCGGAGCCGGCGUAGGUUUUUUCUUCGCCCAGGGAAUUACAGCUGGCGGUUCCGGAUUUGGAGGUCUGAUCUUCUCUGCUUCAAUAUCGCCUAUGAUCCAGAACAUCUCUUUAGCAUGGGCUCUCCGAAUUCAGGGAAUCAUCUGCUUCGUAACAUUGUUUCUUGCAUCAACAAUCGUACGUGACCGAAACCACCAACUGCGCCCCAAACAGCAUCCCUUUGAUGUUCGCUUCUUCCGCCGCUGGGAUGUCUGGCUACUCCUUAUUUGGGCAUUUUUGUAUCUUCUCGGUUACAUGACUCUGAUAUCUUCGCUUCCGAAUUUCACGCGUUCCUUGGGUCUGUCGGCGACUGAAGCUAGUCUCCCAGCUAUUUUGAUCAACCUGGCUACUAUCACGGGACGAGUUGGUGCUGGGUUUGCGUCAGAUCGCAAUAGUCUGGAUCGCUACGGGCCCGCCAUGUUUCUGUAUGGUGACUUGUCUCUCGUCGUGUGGGUCAGUUGUACUGACAAAGUUAUUACAGUCUCCGAGGCAAUCGCCCUUCAACUUCGUCGACCGGACAGCGGUCGUCCCUAUCUUGACGCUCAGCUCUAUGCUGGUCUCAGUUAUAUUGCAGGUGGACUCUUUAUGCUCGAGCUUCGUAGGAUAAAGGUUGGCCUUUUCACUCGGGAAAGACGUCUUCAAUGA